GGGAACAGCCUUCCGAUUGGUUGCAAAUAGACAGUCUGCGCGCGCAUUGGUACUGUUGGCGGGAGUUCCUACCGCCUCUGCCGGCGCCCAAAUUUCCCGGGCCGGGGCCGCGGGGCCUGCCUAGAACCGCUGGGACUGUUGUUCUCCUGGCGGGCGACGGCCGCGGGCGGACUGCGACAUGCAGAGCACAGAACUGGGCAACAAGGAGAGUGGCAAGAUAUGGCACCGCAAGCCAUCCCCGGCCACUCGGGACGGAAUUAUAGUGAACAUUAUUCACAACACUUCUGAUUACCUUCCCAAAGUUUUGCGAUUUUUGAAUAUGGCUUUUGAUAACUCAGGUGAUUGCUUAAUUGCUGGGGACCAUCAAGGAAAUAUCUAUGUGUUUGACUUACAUGGAAACAGGUUUAAUCUUGUUCAGCGAACAGCACAAGCUUGCACAGCUCUGGCCUUUAAUCUUCAUAGAAAAUCUGAAUUCCUUGUGGCAUUAGCUGAUUAUUCUAUUAAGUGUUUCGAUACAGUCACCAAGGACCUAGUUAGCUGGAUGAGAGGACAUGAAUCUUCAGUGUUUUCAAUCUCUGUACAUGCAUCGGGGAGAUAUGCCAUCACUACUUCUUCUGAUACAGCACAGCUGUGGGACUUGGAUACCUUUCAGAGGAAAAGAAAGCUGAACAUUCUCCAGUCUGUGGGUAUACAAAAGGUCUUCUUUCUACCAUUAAGUAAUACCAUCCUCAGCUGUUUUAAGGAUAAUUCCAUCUUCGCCUGGGAGUGUGAUACUCUUUUUUGCAAAUAUCAAUUGCCAGGUCCACCUGAAAGCUCUAAUAUAUUAUACAAAGUGUUUGCUGUGACCAGAGAUGGUCGAAUUCUGGCUGCUGGAGGUAAAUCAAAUCAUCUUCAUUUGUGGUGCUUGGAAGCUAAACAGCUCUUGAGAAUUAUCCAGAUGCCUACUAAAGUUCGAGCCAUUCGCCAUCUAGAAUUUCUUCCUGAUAGUUUUGAUGCUGGUUCUAAUCAGGUUCUUGGAGUACUAAGUCAAGAUGGAAUUAUGAGAUUUAUUAAUACACAGACUUAUAAGCUUCUCUUUGAAAUUGGGAGCUUUGAUGAAGGAAUUAGCUCAUCAGUGAUUAGCCCACAUGGUCGGUACAUUGCAUCUAUUAUGGAAAAUGGGAGUCUGAACAUAUAUUCGGUUCAGUCUUUAACACAGGAAAUAAACAAGCCACCUCCUCCUCUAGUGAAAGUGAUUGAAGAUUCACCUAAGAAUAAACUGAAUUCUGGUAAUCUUAAGGUGAAAGUGACGUCGGGAAGAGUACAGCGGCCAGCAAAAUCAAGGGAAAACAAAAUACAAACAAGGAUAUUAAAACAAGACCUGACUGGUCAUUUUGAAAAUAAAGAGAAUGAGUUGUCAGAUGGAUUAAGCAAAAAGCGUUUACAAAUCUUAUUAAAAGGCUAUGGUGAAUAUCCAAUGAAGUACAGAAUGUUCAUUUGGCGCUCUCUGCUACAACUGCCUGAAAAUCAUACUGCAUUUAGUAACCUAAUAGAUAAGGGUAUUCACGUGGCAUUUCUCAACCUUCAGAAAAAAUACCCCAUCAAAAGUAGGAAACUACUCAGAGUAUUACAGAGAACCCUGUCCGCUUUGGCUCACUGGUCUGCCAUCUUUAGCGACACACCGUAUCUUCCACUCUUGGCAUUUCCAUUUGUAAAGUUAUUCCAGAACAACCAACUCAUCUGCUUUGAAGUUGUUGCUACUCUUCUAAUCAAUUGGUGUCAACACUGGUUUGAAUAUUUUCCUAAUCCUCCUAUCAAUAUUCUUAGUAUGAUAGAAAAUGUUUUGGCGUUCCAUGACAAGGAACUGCUGCAGCACUUCAUAGAUCAUGAUGUAACUGCCCAGCUCUAUGCAUGGCCUCUUCUUGAAACUGUGUUCUCAGAAGUACUGACGAGAGAGGAGUGGCUAAAAUUAUUUGAUAAUGUCUUUUCCAACCAUCCUUCCUUCCUCCUGAUGACUGUGGUAGCCUACAACAUAUGUUCUAGAGCUCCUUUGCUCAACUGUAAUCUUAAAGAUGAUUUUGAGUAUUUUUUUCAUCAUCGGAAUAACCUGGAUGUAAGUGUUAUAAUUAGAGAAGUUUAUCAUCUCAUGGAUACCACGCCUCCUGAUAUUCAUCCUGACAGCAUGCUUGAUGUUUUUGUGGCCCUGACAAAAGGACAAUAUCCAGUAUUUAAUCAAUAUCCGAAGUUUAUUGUGGACUAUCAGACACAGGAACGAGAAAGAAUAAGGAAUGAUGAAUUGGAUUACCUAAGAGAGAGGCAGACAGUUGAAGAUAUGCAAGCUGAAGUAGACCAGCAGAGAGUUGAAGAUGAAGCCUGUUACCAAAAACAAGAACUGCUUCGUGAAGCUGAAGAAACAAGGAGAAAAAUGCUCUUACAAGAGGAGAAGGAAAUGAUACAACAAAGACAGAAACUAGCUGCUAUGAGGAGAGAGUUGAAAGUAAAGGAAAUGCACUUACAAGAUGCUGCAAGAAGGCGCUUCCAGAAAUUUCAGCAAGAUCAGUGUGAAAUGGAACUAAGAAGACUGAAUGAUGAAAUUGAGAGAAAGGCACAUCUGAGAGAUCGAGAAAUUGCUACCACGGCUAAAGACCUAGAAAUGAGACAUCUGGAACUCGAAUCCCAAAGACUUUAUGAGAAGAAUCUUACUAGAAAUCAAGAAGCUGUUGCAAAAGAAAUGAGAGAAGAUACAGAUGCCCAUAGACGAAAAGUGGAUCUUGAAGAACACAUGUUUCAUAAACUCAUAGACACAGAUCAAACGCUGAAUGAAAAAACUCAGAAGUUAAUUGAAGAAAAUUUGGCGGAAGCUGAACAAGCAUGUCUAAAUACUGACUCGCAGAUUCGGGCUUUACAUAAACAAAGAUGUGAUGAUCUGCAACAAAAUGAAUGUUACAAGGAUAUGGCCAAACUCCUUCAGAAAAACAGAAGAAAAGAAAUAGAAGUAUUAAAUGCAAUGAUGGGGGAGGAAGCUAAAAAGUGGGAGGAAGCUAAAGAAAAAGACUUUAUCUUGAAAUCAGAAAAGAAAGCGUCAGCUCUUUCAGAUGCAUCUAGAAAGUGGUUUCUAGAGAAAGAGAUAAGUGAUGCUUCAGAACAUACUGAAUAUCCAUAUAAUGAAGUAGUGACCAGGUACCGAAACGAACAGGCCGCCUCGAGUUGUUUGCCUGGAACUUCACAAUUACAUGAUGUUAUCAGGACGGAGUCCGCAACACAGAUUUCUUUAAAUCAAAGAAAAACACCCUGGGACACCACGGAACAGGAUCUUAUAGAGAGAGUGAGAAAUCUUCGCCAGAGACUCACCACCCAGGCUCGUAACAGAUACCAAACGCCUCAUCUUUUGGCUGCAUAGGAAGCUGGUCCCCUGAGAUAGUAAGAGAGAGAUCAAUUUUGCUAUCAGUAAUACUGAUUUUUAGAUUAUUUAUUUUAAAUCCCUAUAAAGAUCAGCCUUUUGUUAGCAAAAUAUGUAUAUAAAGAUUGUGUGUACUAUUUUGUGCUUUUUGGUUUGUAAAUGACAUACUUUUUAAAAUAAAAAAAAAUGUUUUGAAGCCAUUAAAGCUUGUAUUAAGCUCUUUCAGGUUCUAAAGACUAGCAUAAACCUCAGUAACUUUAGUUAAUGAGGUUUUAUUUUAAAGAUAAACAGAAAUAAAGAACAAGAAACUGUCUUAAGUGUACAACCAGAACUGAGAGCACUCAGCAGCAAGCUGGAGCACAAGCAGUAAGGAGGGGCCUGCGUGCAGCCCCUCUGUGCCCUGACAGUGGGGUCUGCUCUGUGCCCGUGAUCCGCAGGACCCAUGACCUCGGGGUCGCGGCCUCUGCUCCUGCAGCAGCGCCUGCCCUCUGUCUGCUGGCAGCACUGACCACCCUCCGCCUCUCAGCUCUCAGCUCCACAGCAGAGCCUCUCUCAACUUCAUCCUGGGCAAAUUACUUCUCUGAACCCAUUUCUAAAAGGACGGUGGAAGCAGCUCAUGAACUUGACGUGAGGGUUACAUCAGGAUAAUAUAAGGUCCCUGGCACAUGCUUCACGUGUAGUAAGUAUGCAGUACAUGUAGUAAUUCUUGUUUCUGGGGUCACAAAGCAUAAUCUCAGGGUAAACCAAAUACUUCCUGUAAGCACAAUGCUGUCUUUUGUCCAAUGGGCAAAGGCCAAAAAUUCUCUCUCUUCACUAUGUAAGGCACUAACUUCCCAAGAGCAUUUUCCUCAACCUAAUUUUCUGUCCAUUUUCAGGUAAUGCCCUCAUGGGUCAGGCUGGUGUGUGGCAGCAGGAAGUCACAGGAUAUAAAAUAUAUAGGGGAUGAUGAGACCGCCGGUAGACUAGAAAUUGCUUGCUCACCUAAAAGCAUUUACAUUCUAAAGAAUUCUGUCAUCCAGAAUCAACUGUAUAUUACCAGCUUUUGACCUCUACUUCAGGUCCUCUUUUACUACGUUUUAUAGUUUGAUAUUGCAAGUACGCGCGCACACACACACACACACACACACACACACACCUCUUGUAUUACAAUAUUUCAUUUUUUAAAAAGUGUGUUCAUCAACUGAAAGUGAGUUACACAUACUUUUCAACCAAACGAAGUUCUUUUUAUCACAUUCUGCCUAUUUUCUGAGCCUACAGUUCUCCCAAUAAAUCUUGAUAAAGUCACUCUCAGCAGAUGUCAUAUACUUAGCUAAAUCUCUUUGGUCACAUGUGCUUGGGUCACAUUUCAAAGGUUAUCACAUUUAAUGAAAUAACAUUUCUGAUUAUCUCUUCCUGCUUUUUAACAUCAUAUCUUCAACUUUACAUCCAAUUUAUUUUUAAUGUAAAUUCUCUGAUGAAUAAAGGUUGAGCUUGGCUAAAAUUCUUCCCAUGCUGGAUACAUUCAGAAAGUUUCUUUCCAGUA